CAGAAGCAGCAGAUGACCAAUGGCAGCUCAAUGAACAGAUUCCUCCUCCUGGCCUUCGUGGACAUGCGGGAGCUGCAGCUCCUGCACUUCUGGCUCUUCCUGGGCAUCUACCUGGCUGCCCUCCUGGGCAACGGCCUCAUCAUCACCGCCAUAGCCUGCGACCACCACCUCCACACCCCCAUGUACUUCUUCCUCUUCAACCUCUCCCUCCUUGACUUGGGCUCCAUCUCCACCAUUGUCCCCAAAUCAAUGGCAAAUUCUCUCUGGGACACCAGGGCCAUUUCCUACGCAGGAUGUGCUGCCCAGGUCUUUCUGUUUGUUUUCUUUGUUGGAGCAGAGAUUUCUCUUCUCACCAUCAUGUCCUUUGACCGCUACAUUGCCAUCUGCAAACCCCUGCACUACGGGACCCUCCUGGGCAGCAGAGCUUGUGUCCACAUGGCAGCAGCUGCCUGGGGUGGUGGGCUCCUCUAUGCUGUCCUUCACACAGCCAAUACGUUUUCCAUUCCCCUCUGCCAAGGCAAUGCUGUAGACCAGUUCUUCUGUGAGAUCCCCCAGAUCCUCAAGCUCUCCUGCUCAGAUGCCUACCUCAGGGAAGCUGGGCUUCUUGUGGUCAGUGGUUUUUUAAUCUUUGGGUGUUUUGUUUUCAUUGUGGUGUCCUAUGUGCAGAUCUUCAGGGCUGUCCUGAGGAUCCCCUCUCAGCAGGGACGGCACAAAGCCUUCUCCACGUGCCUCCCUCACCUGGCCGUGGUUUCCCUGUUUGUCAGCACUGGCAUGUUUGCCCACUUGAAGCCCUCCUCCAUCUCCUCACCAUUUCUAGACCUAGUGGUGUCAGUGCUUUACUCAGUAGUGCCUCCAUCAAUGAAUCCCCUCAUCUACAGCAUGAGGAACAGCGAGCUCAAGGAGGCCCUAUGGAAACUGGCACAAAGGACACUGUUCCACCUACAGUAA